CCCCUUACGUCAAUCUAUUUUCUCGGUAACAGCAAUAAUGGAAAACACAUACCCGAAAGCAUUAACAAUACACUGGGUCUCAACCACCGACUCGCCCGAGUUCACCCUCCUGAAUUGGGCACUGACCCACUCUUCACUCGUCGCACUCGACGCAGAAUGGAAGCCAGUUCGCACCCAAACCACCCAACCAACCGACUCCAACCAGGACCGCACUUUCCCGACCGUAUCUCUCCUCCAACUCGCUUGCCGACUCGUUCAAUUUCCACCCGAUUCGUCCGGGUUGACUCAGUUGAACCACCAGGAUGACUCGGUCGUGUUUCUCGUUGACUUGCAAUCAUUGCCUUUUGGUUCAAUUUAUGAGGAAUUGAAGCAGAUGUUUGUUGAUCAAAAUGUUUUGAAAUUGGGGUUUCGGUUUAAGCAGGAUUUGGUCUACUUGUCUUCUACGUUUUGUUCGAAUGGGUUUGAACCUGGGUUUGAUUUGGUUGAACCAUUUAUCGACAUUUCUAGCAUAUAUCAUAACUUACAAAAAAGGCAAAUGGGAAGAAAGAUAGGAAAGAAUAGCAAGAGUUUGGCAGCCAUUUGCGAGGAAUUGUUGGGAGUUUCUCUUUCCAAGGAGCUUCAAUGCAGUGAUUGGUCUCAACGCCCCCUUACAGAGGAGCAAAAAAUUUAUUCUGCAAUUGAUGCCCACUGUCUACUUGAGAUAUUUUCUAUUUUCCAACUAAAGGUUGACAAAGAAGAGAACUUUGCAAGUGAUGUUGAUGUGCUUGGUUUACCUAGUUUAAGUCUUGGAUUGAAAGAAGUUCUUGAGAGGCCAACUGCUUGUGAGAGAAUAGUACGUAGUCGAGUUGGUGAGGCUUCAAGUAUCGUUGGAGCAACAACAGCUACUGAAUUUUUCAAAAGUGAAAUUUCCAUGGACACGGUUGUUUCUGACACAUUAAGCAGACAGACCAUACCCUUUGACAAGUCCCUUUCAAGAAUUGUUUCCAACUAUGGCAGUAAGAUUUUACUGAAUGAGACAGAUAGAAAACCUAAAACCUCUAAAAAGAAGGGGAAAAAACAGCCUAAAUCAAGUUUAAAUGGAAAACACAGAGGUGCUGAUGACGAUUGGCAAGGCCCUCCACCAUGGGAGUCACUAAAUGGGGGUGAUGGAUACCCAAAGUUUCUUUGUGAUGUGAUGAUUGAAGGAUUGGCAAAACAUUUACGUUGUGUAGGAAUUGAUGCCGCAACUCCCUACUCAAAGAAGCCUGAGAGCAGGGAGCUAAUAGAGCAGGCACAGAAGGAGAAAAGGGUGAUCUUGACUCGGGAUGCCAAAUUGUUGAGGCAUGACUAUUUGUUAGAAAAUCAAAUAUACAGAGUGAAGAGCCUUCUCAAGAAUGAACAGCUACUUGAGGUUAUUCAAACAUUCCAGCUAAAGAUUUCAGAGGAUCGGCUAAUGUCAAGAUGCACGAAAUGCAAUGGCAGAUUUAUCCAAAAACCGUUGUCAACAGAAGAAGCUGUCGAAGCUGCCAAAGGUUUUCAGAAGAUACCUAAUUGUUUGUUCAACAAGAAUUUAGAAUUCUGGCAAUGCAUGGACUGCAAUCAGCUAUAUUGGGAGGGAACACAGUAUCAUAAUGCAGUCCAGAAAUUCGUCAACAUCUGUAGCUUGAAUGAAUAAUCCACUGCCUCCUCUCAUUCUUCGAGUGAAGCUGGCAUUGCCUAUCAAAACUGACUGUAUUUUUGGGAGUCAAAUUCUUGAAGCUUAUGUCUUCUUGUGUUCAUAUGCUCUGUUGGCUGUCUAUGCAGCGUUGUAGAAAAAUCAAAUGUUCUGCAAAAAGUUAGAUAUUCCGGUUGAGGGUAUGAUCUUUCUACCUAGUUCUGCAUUGACAAUGUGACACCUUUUACUUAGUUGAGGCAUUUGUGAAUUACGGCCCCAUAAGUGUAUAAUAGUUUAAUACUUAUGUACGAAUGUUGAUGACCCUAUGUGGGUGGCAUGAUUUUGAGAUUAUCUUUGUCACCUUCAAAAUUCUUUUGUUCCGUAGAACUAAAUGUGCUUAUGUCUUAUGAGCCUAUUUUAUAAUGUUAUAAGUUGUGACGAAUAGAAAAACUAUUGGUGAAGUCUUUUACAUGUGUUUCAGUUGGAUAUGUUCCAUUCUUUUGUUGCUUCUAUAGCCUAUAGGUACUUGGACUACUUCCAGGUUACUAGGUUAGUGAAAAAAUAUAUUCGUCAUUUCGUCUGUAAAAUAAUAAUUGUGCACAUGACAAUAUACUUGGAGUGGAUGUUUAAGUGAA